GCCUCACCCCCACCGAGUUCUUCUUCCACACCAUGGCGGGGCGGGAGGGGCUGGUGGACACGGCGGUGAAGACGGCGGAAACAGGCUACAUGUCUCGCCGCCUCAUGAAGGCGCUGGAGGACCUGUACACCCACUACGACGGUACCGUGCGCAACGCGGCGGGAGGCAUCGUGCAGCUGCGGUACGGCGAGGACGGCAUGGACCCGGUGGCCAUGGAGGGCAGGAACGGGGAGCCAGUCAUGUUCAGCAGGGUGCUGUCGGUGGUGAAGGCCAGCCAGCCCAGCCUGCCUCCAGCGGGGGCAG